GGGCCGCCUCCGAGCUCCGCCGCCGCCUCACCGGGCUCCGGCCGCCGCCGCCGCUCCCGGGCCCGCACAGACGCUCCGCCAAUGGCGCCUCUGCUGCGCCACGGCCGCCCUGCCGGCGGCUCCGGGCCCGGGCUGCUCCCCGCUCCGACCAAUCAGCGCGCCAGAACCACGACUGACGGCAGCACCGCCCAAUCGGAGCGAGGGGCGGGCUCUGCACACGGCACGGAACCCCCUCCCUUUCCCCGCACUCCGCCAUUUCUCGGAAACCUUGGCUGCGGGUUGUUUUUGGCGCUGGGCCCGGCCCGGGCCGGAGGCCACGGAGCCGCUGCUGCCCUGAACCGCCCGGAGCUCCGUGUGACCGGGAGCUGAAUGCGCUGGGAACUGCGGGUCAUUAAACUGAAAGGAAGCAGCACAAAAUCUGUCAUGGAAAAGAGAGGAGAGAGAGCAGGUGGCGGUGGGGAUCGCUGCCAGUGUGGACUCGGCUCAUCCACGUGCAUUGCAAACGCUGACAGACACCGAGCCCCGACAGACGCCCAUCACUGACUCUGUCGUACCCCGAUGGAUCCGACGGGGGCUGGAAGCUCCAUCCAGCAGCUCGGCGCCUGCUCCGCUCUCACGUCUCCAACCCUGGGAUGGUCCGUGGGGUCUGGAAUCAUCUCCAUUCUGGGCUGCAGAGCUGCUGCUUGGAGGUCUUGGGGGAUCCUUAAGCCCCUCGUGCUGCUCCGAGCUCCCGAGGGCUCCCCGAGGGUUUCUAGGCUUGAACCCCUCUCCAGAUCUGUUGUUUGGGUUUAACAACAAACUCUACAGCAACGCCGUGCCCCGUGGCAGCAGCCGGUGCCGGGACAGCCCCGGGAGCCGGGCUAAUGCCCGGCCGUGCCCAGGAGGGACCGAGGGCAGGGGAGUUCAGGAGGAGCCCCCGGGCCCCUCGCUGCGGGCGGCGGGAACGGCCCGAAAGAGCGGGGGCUGCGAGGGCUCCGGGGCUGAGGAGGCUGCGGGAGCUGCUCGCCCCGGCGGGGGAACGUUCGAGCCGGCCCCGGGCGGGUUGAGCUCGGGCCGGUGACGCUGCGAGACCCGAGAGGGCAGGGAAGAGAAGAACGGGCCAGCGCCCGAUGGGCAGCUUUUGCCGUCACUCCUCGUCCGUCGCUGGCCGGAACGGAGCAGAGGAGAGCUGGUUUAAGGGGACGGCAACCACGGCGGAGCCGCGAGUGAGUGGUUCAGAUCCCAUCCCUGUCACGCUGCUGGUUCUGCUGCUCCUGCUCCUGGCUUUGGGGGCGGCCUUGGCUGUGCAGUCAGGUAAGGGAGGGGCAGCUGCCUCGGCCCAGCCCCUCGGGGCAGAGCGGGGUCUCCGCUCCCUGUGCAGGGCGAUCCUCGGACCUUCUCCCCUUCGCUGUCCAGCAGGAAGCUGUGGUAAAACUCCAGUUACCCCAGUUGCACCUGUGGCUCCGGUGCUGCUGGCCUGUCCCAAGGGCUGGGUCGGGUACCGCGGGGUCUGCGACUUCCUCUCGAGGGAUCAGGGGACCUGGGGUCAGGGUCAGGCUCGGUGCUCCAAGCUCGGGGCCUCCCUGGCUGUGCUCAAGGAUGAGGAAAUGGAGUUCCCCUUCCCCUCUGUGGGAGCGCACAUCCCUGCCUCGGGCUGCGCAAACGGGGCCAGGGGCUGCCCCGGGGGGACGGCAGCAGCUUCAACUCCUCGGUCGAGGUCCUGGGCGAUGCAGAGUGUGCGUUCCUUGGAGAGGGUGAACUCAGGAGCGGGACCUGCUCAAAUCCGCGGCCGUAUCUCUGCAGCAGGGCCCAAACUGCCCCGUGACAGGGGAUGCAGACAGGACCUUCUCCCUGCUGGGCAGGCUCAGCUUCGCCUCUUCCCCCCCAGCACGGGGAUGUCCUUCCUCAGCCGCAGCAUCUGCCUUGCACUGGCUCUCAGGGUCACCUCAGUGCCACUUUGCAGGGUCACCUCGGUGCCUGGUCUCCAGGAGAUGAAGCUGCAGGAAGAGGAGAUGAUGUGGAAGCUGAUGUGUGGCUGCCUGGGCUGCGGCUGGGGGUUUCUUGCUUCUUCUUGAACCAUCCCAGAACUGAUCCUGUUUCUGUAACGCCAUGUAUUUAUAGAGUAACCCUGUAGAUGGAUGGAUAGAUAUAGAUAGAUAUGGAUACAGAUGAAUAUAGGUGUAAAACCUGGGCUUCCACAGGAAUGUGCCCUUGGUUGGGGCACGCUGCCAGUGAUGCCAAGGUUGUGAUUUGACCCCACGGGGGCCAUUCCCUUUAGAGUUGGACUCCACGAUCCUUGUGGGUUCCUUCCAGCUCAGAGGAGUCUGUGAGUCUAUGAAAUGGCCUUGUGUGACCCCCACCAGCACUCACAGGGCCAAUGUUGUUGUUGUGGUUGUUCACCCAGUUUUCUGUUACUUUUGCAUGAAAUGCUUGUGAAGUGCCCUCGCUGUCCCUUGUGUCCCCUGGGCACCGACAGCCCCGGCCCUUGCCCUGCUCCCCCUCCCACGUUCCAUCCCGGCUGGCGGAGCCUUGGAGGGGUCGUGGGGCCGUGGGGCUGCCCCGGGGGCUGCGCCCCGAGCCGGGGCCCCUUCCCAGUGCUCCCAGUCUGCCCAUCCAGCCUGGAGCAGCCAGCGAGGGCUUCAGCUGGGGCGGCAGAGAGGCGCUGCUGGGGGGUCCCACCUCUGCUUGGUUUGGGUUGUCCUUCCUAAGCUGGGGAAAAACGACUUUGGGAGUUUUCUACCAAAAAUCUCCUCUCCUCCUGCACUCUGCCCAAGGGGUUUGGGGCCAUUUUCCCUUUUUGGAGGAAAUCAAAGCAAUGCACAGAGCCCUGGCA